GUACCUACAACUUCAGCGACAUGUGUAUUUAUUUUGAUAGAAAUUAGAAAAUAACAUUUUACUUUAUAGAAUAUAGGUAUCUGUUAGUUUGUAAUAAUUGGUAAUAAUGAAAGUCGAAAUCGGUGACGUUGUUUUACCGGGAGAUUAUUGCGAUGAAAUAUGUGCCGUUGGUGCCAGGUCAAAAGUUGUGAUCGGUCCGGGGCUAAGGAAAGAAACUGACCAUGUUUUUGUUACAAAACCAGGAGUUUUAAGGAAGCGAAAUCCAAAUACCUUUUGGGUAGACAGUUACCAGAAGCGAUACGUACCUUCGAAGGGAGAAAAUGUCAUUGGCGUAGUUGUUCAAAAGGCGGGAGACAUAUUCAGAGUCGAUGUUGGAGGAAGCUGUACCGCAGCCUUAUCAUAUCUAUCUUUCGAAGGUGCUACAAAGAAAAACCGACCAGAAGUUCAAAUUGGAGAUGUCGUGUAUGCAAAAAUGUUAGUUGCAAGCAAAGAUAUGGAACCAGAGCUAGUUUGUGUGGACUCGCACGGCAAAAAGGGACGCCUUGGCGUUUUAACUGACGGAUUUGUGUUUAAAUGCUCAUUAAAUCUUAUAAGGAAAAUACUGAAUCCAAAUUGUCCUUUACUAGAUUCUAUAAAAAACGAGUGGCCUUUUGAAUUAGCAGCAGGAAUGAACGGACGAAUUUGGAUAAAAGCAAACACCAUGAGAGAAACUAUAGCUGUAGGGAAUGCUAUAUUAGGCGCCGAAUACCUUAGCAAUGAAGAAAUAAAGAGCAUCUGUACUAACAUAGCUACAAUUCUGGCUGGACACAUAUCGUAAAACUUAAUAUUAUA